AUGGCGAACUCACGCAAUGCCUCCGUUUCCAGCGACCUACCAGCCAAAGACAUGGUGAAGACCGCUCAUCUCGAGAUGGGCAACGAGGAUGGGCAUCCUCACGAACUCCCACCAGACCAGCAUAAGAAGAUGUUCAGAAAGAUUGAUAUUCGACUCAUGCCAAUGCUUGCUGCAUUGUAUCUGAUUGCCAAUCUGGAUCGAGCGAAUAUCGGUAACGCCAAGAUCGAAGGACUCGAGAAAGAUCUCAACAUGAAAGGAGCCGACUACAACAUAGCCAACAUGAUUUUCUUUGUGCCGUAUAUUCUUUGCGAAGUGCCGGCGAACAGUAUCCUGAUCUUGUUCAAGCGGCCCUCCACCUGGCUCGGCUUUAUCACCACAUCCUGGGGUAUCGUGAUGACUUGCUCCGGAUUCUGCCAGAACUUCGGCGGGCUUGUUGCGUGUCGCUUCAUCCUGGGAAUCUUUGAGGCUGGGUUCUUUCCUGGGGCAGUGUUCCUGAUCUCGCAAUGGUACACACCGAGGCAGACGCAGUUCCGGAUGUCGCUCCUCUAUUGCGCUGCCGCAAUGUCCGGAGCAUUCAGUGGCUUGAUGGCUGCAGGCAUCGCCCAGAUGAGCGGCGUUGGCGGGUAUCUGGGCUGGCGCUGGAUCUUCAUCCUCGAGGGCAUCCUGACAAUUGCCUUUGGUGUUGCAACCUUCUUCGUCUUACCAGACCACCCAACCCUCUCGAAGCGAUGGUUGUCCGAAGCCGAAAUUCGUUAUUGCGAGCACUUGUAUACCAAGCACCGAGGCGGAUAUGCCAAGCAGCAGUCGGCGGAAGGUGAAGUGGCCGUGAGCAAAGUCCAGAAGUGGAAGAUUCUCCGAUCAGUUCUACUGGACUGGCAGAUCUAUUGCCAGGCAUUGAUCUUCAUGUCUUCAUCUGUCCCAACAUAUGCCAUGAAGUUCACGCUUCCACAGAUCAUGGUCAACAUGGGCUUCAAGUCCACUAACGCACAACUGCUUUCGGCGCCGCCAUAUGUGCUUGGCGCUAUAAGCGCAAUCUGCGUCUCCAAGAUUGCGGAUCGCUUCUUCUGGCGCCUGCCGUUCAUCGUCGGACCGCUGUGCAGCGUUCUGACUGCUUAUUCGGUUCUGUUCUCGAAGAGUGCAGAGAUCGCCAACAACGUCGCUCUCUGCUAUACCUUCGUCUUCAUUGGCAUUGGCUCGCUUUAUCCCGUCGUUCCUGGAUGCAAUACUUGGACCUUGAACAACCUUCCCAACAAAGAGAAGCGCGCAAUGGGCAUCUCUUAUAUGAUUGCCUUGGGCAACUUAGGAGGAGUCAUAGGAUCCAUGGUGUUCCUCGGUGACGAGAAGCCAAGAUAUCAGACCGGUUGGAGCUGUUGUCUGGCGUUCAUCAUCCUCGGAAUGUGCUCAGCUCUGACGCUAGAGACGGUGUACAAGUACACCAACAAAAAGAGGGAUACAAUGGAUCGGCAGGAGAUCGAGGCGAAGUAUACCGUGGAGCAGUUGGAUGCGAUGGGUGACCGCAGCCCAUUGUUCCGAUACACUCUGUGA